CAGAUGGUUGUGCGCGCUCACGAGGGGUUGGCUGUAACGCGCUGUGUUGACGGGCGCAAGUGACUGGAGAGGUAACAUGUCCACCGCAGCCGCCGCGCAGCUCAACAACAAUGAAGAACCGGGCCUCAAUGGGUCCUGGGUGGAACUGGAGAUGAAUGGAAACACUCAGCCACAGAACCCCUGUUUGCUGGAGAAUGGGAAUGAAGGUGAGUCCCAGGCCCUGGAGGCCGUACAGGAAGAAGAGGAGGUUCUGACAGGAGGACUGGAGCAUGUACCUUCCUCCUCCUCCAUCCACAAUGGAGAUAUGGAGAAAAUCCUGCUGGAUGCCCAGCACGAGUCCAGCCCCAGCAGCUCAUCCUGCAACAGCCCACCACGACCACACAGUCCUGAUCAGGAUGAGGGACAGAUCAUGUUUGAUGUGGAGAUGCAGAGCGAGAGAGACUCUCAGUCAGAUGAUGACAGUGUGGAGAAGGACAGAGAUGAGGAUAUUCUCAUGAAUAAAGGGGAGGGUUGGGUGGCAGACUGGUCCAGUCGACCAGAAAACAUUCCUCCAAAGGAGUUUCAUUUCCGUCACCCGAAGCGCUCUGGAUCAGUGUCUCUAAGCAUGAGGAAGACUGGUGCUAUGAAGAAAGGAGGCGUGUUCUCCACUGAGUUCCUCAAAGUGUUCAUGCCAUCAUUGCUGCUCACCCACAUCCUGGCACUGGGAUUGGGGGUCUACAUUGGGAAGAGGUUGACCACACCCUCCACAAGCUCAUUUUAAACCCAAACAGAACCCAGUGCCUGGAUGCCUCUCCUGAAGCAGUGGUGGCAAAACAGUGGCCAAACGUGUGAUCAUUUCUCUCCCCUCCCACAUACUGCCAACUGUCCUUUAUUUGAUUCCACAUUCCUGGUUUUAUUCACACACACACUGCUGGGAGAAUUUCUGCUUGUUGACCUUUGACUGUGUUACCAUUCCUUGCCCUCUGAUGCUUACUUGUUUUAGAUGUUUUUAUUUCAUAUUCAUAUUCCUUGCCUUUUCAUUUAUAUACAGUAUUAUACAAGGUAGACAGUAGUACCAGCUAUAGCUCCAGUUAUCACUCCAUCACUACAGCAACAUGCAUAUUAUUCAUUCAAUUCUGCAUGGCGCACUUCAUAUGCAAUUGAUGUAUGCAACUUUGCCGUGGUUUGUAGUUUGAGUAAGUAAAAUAACUGAGAAUGGCAUCGCUGAACCGAUAAGCAUGGACAUUCGUGUCCACACUUCAGUUUAAGACCCAGUUUGAUUGGGUUAGUUGAGUUGCUAUUAAGGCCACACACACACACACAAACACAAACACGCACUUGAUUGCCUUGAUGCGUUUCCUGCUGUCUCGUACCAGGCUCACAGCAGUGCCAAAGGGUUUCCACUGUGAUGGUGCACCUGCCAACCCAACAAGAGCUUGUCAUACCUCUCGUAGACGUGUUUAAAUGAGGAUCUCUGCAGACUCUGUUUGACUUGAGCUGAUUAUUUUAUCCUUCAAAAACACCUUGCAAAGCCUUGCGGUUUUAUGGUGAACACCCGUAGUAAGCGUAGUGUUUCUAUAGUAGUGUAUUAAAUGCUAUUAUAUGCACAUUUGUCAAAACAUGUGACAGACUGUAGAGGCAAAUCUGGUGACCCCACAUACAUACUCGUGUGCAUAUUUGAUGUGUUGUGGUGUAGUUUUACAGAUCAAACUACUCAUUUAGGAUACUCUUAACAGGUUUACAUUCAGACACAUACAGGUGACUUUUCACAAAACCGGUCAUAUUUCACCUCAAAUUCAGAUGCAAAAUACAACAUUUUUGCUUUAAGAAAAUAAAAACAAAAGUUUUUUUGCAUUGUGACAUUAUUAUCAUGACAAUUUACAACCUAAGUCUCAUUAUUGUAAUGUUAAAUAGUCUGAUUCUCAUUCAUUUGAUGCAUUAAAGAUGUAUUAUUUCAUUUGUAAAGUAUUUGUACACUCAUAAAGUUGAAUUUUAAGAUUAACACAUCGUAUGACAAAUUUCCGACAAAACGAAUAUAGUCUUUAAUGAAAUGUACAUAUUAUGAAUUAAGCAUAAUGUAUUUAUUUAAACUUAAACUUUGCAUUUACACAAAAACAGCAUAUUUACAUAUU